AUGGAUUUUUAACAGCCCUAAAUCUGGAAAUUUCACCUGACACCCUAGAAACAAAAGUUACGCAACUAAAGAAUGUAAUCGCUUUAACAACUCAACAAGAGUUAUAUACAGAAAUUAGGGAUGGAGUGAAGGAACUCGAGAAAUGGAUAGAAGACAUCAAACAAACAGCGGAUGAACAAGAGCGUGAAAAAGAUAAACAAACUAUUUUACAUAGGUUACAGGCUUCAAUUCGGCGAGCUGUUUUGACAUCUAAGCAAAAUAUUGAAAGGGAGGCGAAAAUAGAGCGUGAAAUGUUGUUAGGACCUAGUGAUGUUACUGAUGCAUUACGACGUACUACCCAAUUAAUGCAACAAGAAAUUGAACGUAGUGCCUACUCAGCAAAAAUACUUGACGAGUCAUCUCGUGCACUGAAGUCCACUUACAGCGAAUAUCGAGGAUUUUCAUCAGUUUUGCGUGGUUCUAAACAAUUAAUUACCAAAUUAGAACAGAUUGAUUGGACGGAUAGGCUACUCAUUCUAUUUGGUCUAUUAGUGUUUGUCUUAGUUGUGUUAUAUAUUCUGAAGAAAAGAGUGUGGAAUACUGGUUUUGGCUGGAUGUCAUGGUUCGCCUCUUGGGUUAUUUAG